AUGUAUAGAUUUGAUAAUGCAUUAUUUACUUUCCCUGUCACUCGAAAGCACUUUUUCUCAGAUAAAGAAUACUAACUAUUCUUGUUUAGUGAUGAAUUGAUUAUGACUGAUGUAUUCCAAUAUAUAUUAUAAAUAGAACUAAACAAAAAAAGCAAAAUAUGAGAUCAAAUUGAAUAUGACAACAACAUUCAAUUGGAUUGUCAGUGAUAAUAAAAUAUAAGCCUUUGAAAUACCAUAUAAUAAUAAAAUGAAGCCAUUUUAUGGCUCUUCUAACAAACUAUAAUUGCUGAGAGAGAUGAUUGCUGGUCGAGUAUUUUAUUGUGGAAUUCAAAACUUCUACGAAAUUCAAAUGAAAGUUGGAUAGGGAAUGAUUGGAGAAGUAUAAAUUGAUAAAAAAGUUAGGUCUAUAGAGCUGUAUCUUAAAAUGGUGAUUAUGUUGCCAUCAAAAAAUGUGAAAAAUAGAAAUUAGCUUCACUAUAAGGUGGAAUUGUAAUUGAUUUAAUAAGAUUUUAGCCUUAAUUCAUCUAAGAAUUGUAGCUUCUACAAUAACUCUAACAUAUAAAUAUUUUAAAAUUAAAGGAAGUCUAUUCAGAUUAGUAAUUUUAUUACAUUAUUACUGAUUUUGUUGAUGGCAGAACAUUACAUACUGAAUUGCUUUCAAGACCAACAGGUUUAAGCAUAACUUAAACAUUAAAAAUUAUGUUUUAAAUUUUAAAUGCUCUUAUAUAUAUUCAUUAAUAAGGAGUUAUGCAUAGAGAUCUAAACCCACAUAAUAUAAUGAUAUCAGAAAAUGUCAAAUUAAUUGAUUUUGGUUUGGCUCGCAAAAUUAAAAACUAAUUAAUAUUUCCAACAGCUGGAACUCCAGGUUAUAUGGCUCCAGAAAUCAUAAAUUAUAAAUAAGAAAAAUAAUAUGAUGAAAAAGCUGAUAUUUUUAGUUUAGGAUCUGUGUUAUAUAAAAUGUAUAAAAUUAAAUUGAAUAUAGGUUAUCUGGUGAAAACUUGUUUCAUAGAUAGAAAAAUAUCUUUUAAGAAAAUAAAGAAGGUAAUUUUGAAUUAAGAAAAAAUCCUUAACAUCCAGAAUUCUAUUCAAGCAAAAUGGAUUAAUUAUUUGUCUUGUUGGCUCAUAUGUUAGAAAAUGAUCCAAACGAUAGACCUAGUGCAUAGUUUUGCAAAUAUUUAUUAAAAGAAAUUGAAAAUAAUAAUCAAUAAAUAGAUAAAUUGAUUCGAAAAUAACAAAUAAUGAAACCAAUUUAUGCAGUUACUGAUGAAACUCCUGUUGAAAGAACUCCUUAAAGUUUUGCAAGUAAUAAUAAAUUCAAAUCAAGUGACACAUUAAUGAAAAGUGAUGAUAUUACAACAUAAGGAAAUAAAAGAUCAACUAAAAUAAUAAUUAAAAAUGUGUGA